AUGAAUUCUCUCUUGGCUCGUGAUCGAAAAGGUUUCAAUUGUUUGGAAGUAGCUAUUAGAGCUAACAAUUAUCCGUUCGUCAAACGUCUCUUUCAAUGCAAAUAUACUCAAUGGAAGCAAUUGAUGCGCAAUGCUCAAUUCAGUCAAAACAAUACAAGUGUCGAUACUCCUAUGCGAAAAUUAAUUCGUUAUAUGCCAGACAUGGCAUAUCAAGCACUCGACAAAUGUAAAAGGGAUACUAAUUUCUUAAAUGAACAUAACAAAUCAAUACGUGGAAUACAAUUCGAUUUUGAAUUACUCGAAGAUCAUUGUGAUGUUAAAAAAUGGCAAUACGAUACAUCAAGUAACUUCCAGAAAAAACAAAAGGAGAACAGAAAGCGAAAUUGUUUUAAUCAUUCGCGUGAGUUACAUUUUGUUUGUGAUGGAUUAUCCACAACAUUCGACGAUGAUGUCCUGGAAGCGUACACUGAUAAUGCACAUGUUCUUGUCAAAAAUCAUAUUCUUUCGAUAAUUGUUCAGCAAGCUAGAGAUAGUGACACAACAGAUGAAAAUAUUGUACAACUUCAAACGAAAUUGCUUCGACAUCCAACAUGUCAAGAGUUAAUGCGUCGACAAUGGUAUCACUUUGGACUUCGGAUCUUUUUAACUUGUUUUUUCGCCUAUCUAAUGUAUUUGGGUCUCUUUACUUGGGUUGUCCUUCGUCAUACUAAUCCAUAUCAUUUCUACAAUGCGGCUGGUAUUUCUUUUCCAAAUGAUGACGAAUGUGAAAAAGUGGCACAGAUAAUCAAAAGUGGACAGUACAAUAUAACACAGAAGCCUGGUUGGGGUUUGAAGACGUCUACUGAUCUAGCUCUAAAAUAUACUAUUUAUUUUCUUCUUUGGUUACAUGUCGCUAAAGGAAUUCUUUUCAUCAUUAUCUAUCGAGGUCGACCAGUUUUUCGAUUUUAUAUUGAAGUGGUUUCUCUCAUCCUUGGUUUUGUCUUUUUGUAUGAUAACCCAUCGUGGCAAAUAGAUGUACAACUCCGUUGUUUCGUGCAAUGGCAAGUCGGUGCAUUUGGUCUCUUUCUCGCAUGGUCUACUCUACUUGUUUACAUUCGAUUUUUUCCAUUGAUUGGUGUUACGGUAGUUAUGCUCGAGGUUGUUGUUCGGCGAUUCAUAUGGGUGACUCCUGCUCUUGUCAUUCUUAUUUGUUCGUUUUGCUUCUCUUUCUUUAUGCUUCUACAAGAUCAGGCUGUCUACGGUAAUGUUGGCCUCGCUUGGAUGCGAACAGGUUAG